AUGGCAGCACGACAAUCAACACCAGGUUCCGAUCACUCGCACUCCGACAAUGUUCGCAAGCGUGUCUGCAAGGCCUGCGAUCGCUGUCGCCUGAAAAAGUCCAAGUGUGACGGAGCAAGCCCGUGCUCGCGCUGUCGUGCAGAUAAUGCCGUCUGCGUUUUCGGAGAGCGAAAGAAGGCCCACGAUAAAGUGUACCCUAAGGGAUACGUUGAGAUGCUCGAGCAACAACAAGUCUGGCUGGUGCACGGCCUCCAGGAACUCUACCGACGAACCACCGAGGGCGAAGGAUGGCCCGGUGAGCGUUUGAAGACCGAGCCCAACGGCCACCCGCUCACCCACGACCUUCUUACUCGUCUCGGCGCCCUCGACCACACCAAGGGUGAGCGUUUCGAGGACAACCCCGACACCAUGCAGCACGAUCUGUGGCGGAACGGCAUGCAGCGCCAGGAAUCCUCUGAUGGGACCGAGAGCCCGCAGAGCCCCGUUGCUCGUACUCGAUUCUCUUCCGACGCCUUCUCGCAGACCCAGACCAUGCCGCCCACCCCGCCGGCUUACAGCCCAACGAGCAAUGCCCGCGUCAAGCAGGAAUCCAUGCCCAGCAACCCCCAAUUUAUGCACAACGGUCUGCCCAUGCAAGGCGUCGUCAACCCACUGGCUCUACAGGGUGGGCAGCAGUGGCCGAACGGUGGAUUCAGCUCCUUCGACGACAUGGAUAUGAUGAUGUCCGGCUCCGAUUACGCCAAUCUGUCCUUCGACGAACCCAUGUCUUCGCCCAUGUUUAAUCGCCAGAUGCCUAUGAACUGUGUCGGCAAUGACUACGACGACUUCAAUCAGUUCUUGAAUCCAAACCCGACGGAGAUCACUUCGGUUUAA